AUGAUUGAAAAUAGUAAAAAUCUGAAGCAUUUGAAAAUCAAUAAUAAGGAUAAGGAAACAGCAAAGCGAUAAUACAUUCAACCAGCUGGGAAAUCUGUUGCCAACCCCAAAGAUAAGUUAUUCGAGUUAUUUUGCUCAAAGAUUUUGAUCCGAAGUCUCUAGAAGCAAGGGAUUAGUCUAUUUAAUCCUGAAUAAGAUUUUAAUCAAGCAGGUUAAAUUCAAAGCAGACUGAGUUUAACAGAAUCAUUCCUCUUUAAUCAAUAAUCACUCAUUACUCUAGAUUAGAGAGUGCUUUCUCAAAUUUGGACUAUGUGCCUAUAAGCCUAGAUUAAGGACUCCAAACAGGAUAAAUUAGAAGGGUAUUUUGAAACUAAGUAUGACUACACUGCACCUUCUCAAGAAUUUAAGAUUAAUAUUGAAAACUUCUCACAAAGUUCUGCUUAUUUUAAAAAUUUAAGAUACUAUUGCUAGCUGAUUAAUAGUGAAGAGAAGAGUAAGUAUGUCAAUAAUCAAGUAUUGCUUUCCACUUUUGCUGACAUUGUCAAGAAACUCAAAAAUGCCAAUAUGUCUGACAAGUUCUACUAGGCUUAGCUUUCUCAGGCUCUAGACAAUGAGAAUCCAAAUUAGCAGAACAUACACAUGAAUAAAUUUAACUUUGAAGCAGACUCGUAAAACAUUACAGUCCUCGACUUUAUGAGAGUGCUAUUCACAAUUGACUGUGACUAAGCAAGAUAAAAACUCAUCAUAAAUUGCCAUUUGAUAGUCCCAGACUUAGCAUUUAACUUUAUUAAGGUGCCUAAAGUUACGAUUAUUUCAACUCCACUCAGCAGAAUGCUACUUGGCAGAAAUUCGGCUGAUGAUAAAUAAAAAAUACAAUCAAAUUUCAGAGAAGCUGGUCUAAUGUAUUCUGGGUUUGUGAGUAUUGAUUAAGAUAAAAGAAUAUACCCUCUCAUGCCAAAUGACCCUGAGUCUUUCAACUCUUCAAUAGUUGGACUCUGGUUCUAUGGCAUCUCUGAUAUAAAUUGCUAGUAUGUUUGGGCUGCUUGUGCAAGAUUUGUGUUUUGCAGAAAUUUCAAGGAUAAGGGAAAAUUGUCUAUAUCAAAGAAGUAAACAGCCUUUAUAAUAGUUGGCUUCAAUCAGAAAUAAUAUCCAUAAUUUUACCAAGUCUAAGCUUAGGGGGAUUUAUGGAAAAUUAUUUCACAAAAUCAAAAAAUCAAUAGAGAAACUUAACUUUAGUUCAAAUCUUUUACUAUGAGCAAUCUCAAUGAACAAAGGUGCUUCACCAUUUCUGAUUACAUAAAAAGAAAAACCUCAGAGUUUAAACCCCAGAAGGAUAUUUAAGUAGAGAGAGUUGAUAAGAAUAUGAGAGAAAAUGAAGUCAAAUAGCAUAGAAGGUAGAUCUCAUCGGCAAAUCCUUUAUCUAAAGGGAAAAUUCAAUCUAGAACUGAAAGAGACAUUAUACCAAGUACUUAAAAUUAGAAAGUUAGCUAAUAUGUCACCUUGGAUGCAGAUGAUUAAGAUUAAUUUGAAGUGCCUAAGCCUGCGAAGUUUAAUAUGGCUCCUUUUCUUAAAGACAGUAUUAGAUUGCAGUGUAAUGAUUAAAGCAAUGAAAAGAACAGUGGAAAUAACACUUCACUUAAUUCCUCUUCAAAUCCUAACAGAUCAAGAAACAGCCAGAGCAAGAAAAGAUUAAAUAACUAGUAAGAGUAAGCGAAGGAAUUAAAAUUAUCAUAAUAAAUCUAGCUAACAAAGAAUAACCUUGAAUAUUUGAAUAAGCAAUCUGAUGAUCUUAGGACAUCCAAGGAAUUAUAAAUUUAAUAGCUUCUAUAAUCAUCUCAAAAGAGUUCAAGAUCAAGAUCAAAUAAAAACCAACUCUUAUAGAAGCAAGAAAUGCUCAAUUUGGAUGCACCAAUAAGAAACUCAUUUGAAUAGCAUAAUAUUCCAGGAUAUGAAUAAAUUCACUCAUCUCCAAGAUCAUUGUAGAUAUUCAUCGAUUAAUAGAACCAUAUUAAUCAUCUCAGUCAAUAAAUGGUCCUUCUCAACCAGCAAGUAUAGAACCUAACCCUAAUAAUUUAGUAAUAGUAGAUUCAUAUUAAUAACUAGCAGUAGUAAUAUUCACAAACUACAACUGCUUAUCAAACAUAAGUGAGCCACUCAAAUCAUAAUUCCAUAUCUGCCAAUUAGCAAUAAAACACCAAUAAUUUCUAAGUGAAUCCUCCUCCCCAAUCUUAGUACUCGAGUGUCUCAUACUCAAACGCUGUUUAGGAUUAAUAUGCCUCAGAAGGGUAAAACAUGAUGCUCAUAAGUCAACCAACAGCUGAAUUUCCUUUGCAGUAAAGUAUCCAUAGUCAGUUCCAGAGCAACUAAUUAACUUAUUAAUAAAGAUAUGAGCUAGGACAGAUUGAGACUCUGGGAAGAUUUGAUCAUUAGUAAUUUAACCAGUAGAUUAUUCAUUAGAGUCAAGAAGAGGAGGAAGCUAAGCAGAGAAGGAACAGUGAUAAUAGUCUGAUUGAAGAUUAGGAAAUACCAUUGCCUGAUAGAUCUAUGGGCGAGAAGAGAAGUAGGAAUUAAAGAAAAACGAAACAAUAGCAUUAAAUUGAGAUUCCUCGACAAAGCACUCAUUAGCAUUUAAAUAACAAUAAUUUCCUGCAAAAUCUUUAAGAAGCAGAAGCUUAGCUGAAUACCUUGAGUGAAAUCUCCAAAGAACUGUCAGGCUCAAAUUAGAAACUUAGAAGGUCAUAAUCGUCAAUGAUGAGCAAUGCAACAGGUAAUGAGUUGAAUGCUAUCAAGACCAAUCUUAAGAAUUAAUAUGAGGAUCAGCUAGCAGCAACUAGACCUAAAGCUUCGAGAAAUGUUCUUAAUAAUGUGAAUAAGCAAGUUAAGAACUCCUCUAAGUCUUCUAGCUCGUCAUCUAGAAGCAGGGACAGUGAUAGUGAUGAUGAGAAUGGAGUUGAUCAUACCUAUAAUCCCUACAGUUUCAAAAAGAUUGAGCAAGCCAUAUUCAAGCGUAAGCCAACUACUGACAACAUCAAGCAGGGAAAUACUUCAAUAAUCAAAGAAUAGCCCAGGCAUGAAGAGGAGAGUAGCAGAAAGAAAAAGAUAGUUGAAUCAGAAAACGAAGAUGAUGAUGAGAGUGAAGAGGAAAAGGAAAGACAAAAGAUUAUUGUUUAGUUGAGGAAUGAUAGACAGGGCAAGACUGAUUGGACUAUGGACUUGCCUAAGAUUCAAUACGCUGCAGAUGAUGAAGACGAUGAUGAUGAGGACGUAUUAUCUAAUAACUUAAGUGAUGAUGACGAUGAUAUGGAUAGCGAUGACGAUAAGGAAUUCGCUAAGAAGUAUAAACCUUCUGUAAAGAUUAGUAAGAACGCUAAAACUAAUUAAGAUUCUGACGAUGACAAGAGUGAUAUACUAGAUGCAUCAAGCAUUGCAAGAGUAGAGAAAAAAUACAUAAAACACUGA